UCCCGCUGUCGAAUCGCGUGCGGAGGGAAAAAAGUCCCGUAUGUCACGAAGCGACAAAGGCUGUAGCAGUGUCAGCUGUCACUUGUCACAAGCGGCUCCUUGCGCACCAGUAACGGGCCUGAAGUGACAACCUCUGGGACAAGGCAGCCAUCUUACCCCGAUGGCGAUGUUAGGAGCAAGACUGCUGGUACUCUUCGCCUUCAUCGUCGGCUGGCCGGCAUCGAUGGCGACAAUGAUGAACUUUACUUGCGAGCGUCCCACCACCAACUGUGACCUGUUGUAUGGAGACUGCGACCUUCACACUGGGAUGUGCACGUGCCGGUCUGGGGCCAUAGGUCUCAUGUGUCAGCACCCUGGCGGAUUCACGCCGUGUACGAAGCCCUGCCAUCAUGGCGGCACUUGCUUUGUAACCGGAAGCGGACCACGCUGCGCCUGUGGUGACGGUUACUAUGGCGAUAGCUGUGAACAUCCAAUGGCUACAGCCGAAUGCUUCUCGGAUAAAAUGUGGAUUAAUAUCUACCCCUAUGGCUUCCAGUCCGCCUUGGACUGGUCUGCACCUUCACCAGAAAUACCGCUGGCCAACGGCUCUACCUGCCCACUGGUGCAUGCCGGCACCAAACCCAGUAUGCAGAUCAACCUCGGCUGGGAGGGUUUUGUUGGCGAGUUCCUUCACGCUAAUGAUUCUUGUGCAGGCGACGCCACUGUUGUGUGGGACAAUGCCACCAGCAGGGGCUACUCGCGCCUGGUCAAGAUAGCCUACAGCACAGUGUUUGAGACGCCGACAGACCAGCUCGUCCCCGUGCACUGCGUCAUCGACAAGCAGCACGCGGCUGCUGCACCCAAGCCCAGUCCCGUCAACUUUAUCAUCACGGACACUCUCAGCCGUCCAGUGAAAAGCCCGGUGAAGCUCGGCUCUCAGGUCAACGUGACAUUCCGAGUCGACCCAAACAGCAAUUACCUCGACCUCAAGGUCCUCUUCUGCAUGGUGACGGACACCAGUCUCUCAGAGCACGUGGUGGUCGUGGACAAUUCGUGUGCACAGCCUCCAUUUGGCCUCACGUUGUACAGCCCGGGACGAGGUGAGAACGUGCUGAUGAUGACCAUGUACAGGUUCGCCCGCUCCACCGACCUCCACUUUCAGUGCAAGGUGCACAUGUGCGACAUCCUGGACAGAUUUUGUCAGCAGGCGCCAAACUGUCCGGUGAUCUCCCCACCUGCUUUCCAGCCACCAGCACCUGCUUUCCCGCAAGUAGCAACUGUUCUCCAGCAAGCUGCACCUGCUUUCCCGCACUAGCAACUGUUCUCCAGCAAGCUGCACCUGCUUUCCGCCACUACCUGCUUCAGCAACCAGCACCUUUCUUACAGCAACUAGCACCUUCUUUACAGCAACUAGGACCUGCUUUACAGCAACUAGCACCUGGUUUACAGCAACUAGCAACACCCUUGCCUCUAGAUCCUUCCUUCCCUGGCACGUUUCGAAGGAGGAGGUCUGCUGCCACAGACAUCGCCGACAACAUCGUCUUCGUGGGAACUCGUCUGAGUGGGUAACAAGCCGACAGGGCUCCCACCACCACCACCACUACCACCACCACAAGGUGGGCCACAGCUGCUAGUAGACACAAUUUCCUGUCACGUGGCUUUGGUCACCAUUUCUUCGUGAUGUCUUUAAUUUUCAUCUUGAUGUCUGUUCUACGUUUGUUUUAAAUUGUGGAACAGAGCGACAAGCAUUUGUGCUUCCAAUUUCUUCUUGUUUUGUCAGUACAAAUAAAAAACUACACAGUUAUCUUUAUUUGAAAUGACUAGUUUCAGGCCGCAUCUCGCGCUGUCAACACGAUUGUGUACAUCAGGACAUAGACAUGUUCUGUAUACACGCACACUUUUAGUGAACAUCGGUACCGGGAUGGAUGUACAGAGUAACUAUAACAACGAAAAAACACGAGUUGAAGACAUAUUUUACAAUUUAUUUCCCAGUCUCAAUCAUGCCACAACAAACUUUGAUUUUGUUUUGCUUUAAGUAAAUAAAAGAUGCAUGCAGUCUUGAAAAAGCCAGAA